AGAAUAUCUCCCUAAGAAUAUAACUGAGAGCUGAAAGAGUUACACCUUCGCUUAAGAUUGCAAGAAUACAGAGAAAACGUUAUCAACAAGAUUUCACCAGAGUGAACAGCUUCCAUAUCAACUAGAUAACUAAUCGCCCUAUUUGUCAAUUUUUAAAAUAUAUUAUAUUAGACUGUUCAGAAAGACUGAUGAAACUCUUUGAUGUAGAGCAAGACUUGUUCAAUCUUCCCUAGUUUUUGCCUCUCUCCUGUUCAUGUUUACAUUUCACUCUUAACCUCGACUAUCAAACGCAACAAUUCAAGAUGAACGGUAAUGGUACUACUCGUCGCUCAGUGGCAAUUAUUGGUGCUGGUCCAGCUGGAUUGGUGGCAGCGCAAAAAUUUCUUCAACGAAAGGAUCUUUUCGAUGUUACUGUUUUUGACCAACAAGCUGAUAUUGGUGGAACCUGGAUCUAUUGUGAAGACACAGAAACCAAUAAAUAUGGACUUGCAGUUCCGUCAAGUAUUUACCGAAAUUUAAGGACCAAUCUUCCCACAGCAUUAAUGGAGUUUGAUGAUUUCCCUCACAAUCAAAAUCCAAGUGGAUUCAUCACUCACCAACAAGUCCUUCAAUAUUUACAAGAUUUUGCUCAUCACUUUAAUAUAAAAAAAUACACUAAGUUUUUACAUUUAGUAACAAAGAUAUACCGAGAUAAUGAUUUAUGGUUUGUGGAUUAUCGUAAUCUUGAGACUCAAGAUUCCUUCACGCAGACAUUUGAUGUCGUCUGUAUAUGCCAAGGACGCUUUUCAGUGCCAUAUAUUCCAGAUGAUAUUCCCGGCUUGAAUAAUUUCAAGGGAUUGCAGAUGCAUACACACACUUACCGAGUACCCGAAGCGUUUCAAAACAAAAGAGUGGCUAUUUUAGGAGGUGGACCUUCAGGAAUUGACAUUGCUCUUGAAGUGGUCGACUUUGCCAGUGAAACCUAUUUAUGUUAUACUGUCAAGGAAAAUGGUAAACUACAUCCAUUGGGUGAUAAAAUAAUUCAACCAGGAGCCAUAUUCAAAUCAGUCGGGGAAGAUUCAAUUGAAUUAACGAAUGGCACUGUUUUAAGAAACAUUGAUGCAAUUAUCUUUGCAACUGGCUAUCAAAUUGAUCUAAACAUAAUUGAUCCUUCAUGUGGAAUUGAAGGAGGUGAAGGUCGAGUUGAUGGUUUAUUCAUGCACAUGAUCAACAUUAAUUAUCCAACAAUGGCAUUCUUUGGUUUGAUGGAAAAGAUUCCAGUCAUUAACUUUUUCUGUCAAAUGGCAAAGUAUUUUGUUCGAACCUUGACAGGAGAGGCUGAACUUCCAUCUAGAGAUGAAAUGAUUUUUGAUCUUGAAGCUGAUAGGAAGGAAAGACAAUCAAUGAAUACAAAAUUGAAACAUUCACACCGAAUGUUUUGUGAUCAAAUGUGGCGUUAUGACGAGAAAAUCAGCGUUUUAGGCAGAUUCAAGCCACUUCCAGCUUUAACUAAAGCACUUUAUGAUGAAUGUUAUGCACUGAGAUGGCGAGAAACCAAAUACAAAGAUUACCAAUUCGUUCUUAAUGAUGACGGAGAAACAUUUAAAGUUGUAAAAAAAUAGAUGAAACUUGAGUUGACCAUUGAACACUUAAUUAUUGGUCUAAAUAACAAGAACUCUUUAAUUCUGUAUUGAUUAAAAAAGUAAUCAGGAUUAAAUAUUAAAUUAUUAAAGAGGAUUGUAUUAAA